AUGCGCUCCGUCUUCCUCGCGCUCCUCGUGGCGUUCUUCGCUACCGGCGUGGCCGCACAUGUUGCGCGCUCCAACUCGUUGCGCGACGAGAAGCUCACGUUCAAUCCGACGAACGUCCAUGUCAAGCGUCUGGCACAUACGCCUCGCACACUGACUAACGCCCAGCGUCUUGCGCGUGGUCUCAAUCCCGCGCGCCCUCAGCUCCGCUCCAGUCGGCGCCUGGCGGGCCGUGGUGGACCUUCGUUGACACCUACCACUACCAGUACUAGCACCGACACCCCUACCGGCACGGACACCACUACCAGCACGGAUACCCCUACCAGCACGGACACCGCCACCAGCACCGACACUCCCACUACUACCAGUACCGAUACCACGACCAGCACUGAUACCGCCACGAGCACCAGUCCCACUCCGACGCCGACGUGCACGGCUCACACCGGUGUACUCGAGCUGACCGGUGGGUCGUACAACGGUUACGUGUCUUCCGAGACGAACAGCUUCGGCGAGUACUCGGUGACGACCGACGCGUCGGAGGCCCUCCAGGUGCAGUACCAGGAGUGCGACGGUGCCGUUAGUUACGGCCCGAUAAACUUCAAGACUCUUAACGGCCUCUCGACCUACCCGUACCUUGGUGGCAUCGUCGGGUUCUCAAGCUCCUCGGACAACUUGGCUUCCAACUCGCCGAAUUACGUGUACCUCGGUGGUACCCAGGAGUCGGCUGCGGGCGCGCCCCCGCAGAGAGGCGCUAACUCGUUCUCAGCUGCGUCGGGCACGGCUAAGGACUAUGAAAGUGCGAUCUGGUCGGUCGACCCGACCACGGGCGCGUUCACCGCGCAUUGGGUGAACACUGACGGCACCUCCUCUGCGCCCACGAUAAUGGUCGUCCAAGACGCGAUCGUCCUGACCGACGACACGUUCCGUUUCAUUCAAACGUACGGCGACGCAGUGAUCGUGAGCCUCACUUUCGCCGAGUCAUCGAGCGCUGCCGUGCCUCCACAAGCCACGUCGUCGGCGUGAGGGCUGUUCGCAGUCUCUCAUCGGACCGUUAUCAGUUUGUAGACCGCAAGUUGCGGUCACUGACAUGUCACCAUCUCGUUGCCUUUGACAUCAGACUUAGCAUGUUCCUCGGACCAUUGAUCUAUCUCAUGAGUAGUACUUAAUGUGAAAGCCUCAUGUGCCACCCGUGUUGUACAUUUGAACGUCGGCAGUCGUUCAUGAGUCGUCGGUCAAUAACCAUGCAUCACGGUGUCGUGGUUUCCUAAC